AUGAGUCAACCACUAUUCUUGGCCCAAUCAAGGAGAAGAUCCUUGCUCAAAUGCUUCAGGCCUCAUACAUGCGGUAUAUGCCACGGGGGGUUUGGGGAUUUAUUCGACGAAGUCGUUGUUCUCUACUGCGAGAACUACCCGCUUGGCUCCUGGGAAAUGGCAGUGAUCGCGACCAUGGGCAUGAUGGUAAAUGGACACUAUCUCUACAAUUGUGAAUCCCCUUGUGUCAAGGUCCAUGAGCACUGCUACAGAUUUAUAUCCGCUCUAAAAUCUCCAAGGAAAGCAAAGAAAGGACCAGACUUUGUUGGAAGAGUCGUGAGCUCGUUCAUGGUUGGAGAAGACAACCUGGACGCUCGUAUCCCGGAACCGUGGGGAUUUUCCCCCGAUGCCCUGGCCGUGGUGCGCAACAAAUUCAAUCUCCAUGGCCUAUCGGGGCUCCCUAUGGAGAUUUUGGCCAUUAUACAAGAAUACUCGAGCGAAGCGCCACUGUGGCAUUUUGCGAGAGCAGUGGCUCUGAGGAUGGAGCUGUCUUUGAUGCCACAGGAAACUAAGAUGGUCCAGUGCAAACUGUGCGAGAUUGAGUCUUGGACUCGAGGAGAAGAGGGCCCAAAGCUUUUACAAGGACACAGCAACUACACCCGGGUCACCCUGGAUCACCAUGGCAUUAGCAGAGUUGAGGCUCUUAAUGACUACCCGGAACCGCUUAGCGAAAAGCGAAGCGGCUCGGCCAAAUAUAUCAUCGCUGACCGGAGGAGAGUCCAAGCUCUCAAGAUAGAGAUCUACUUCCAGGACGGUCUCGCAUGGCUCGCGACCAGGACAUAUGCACGGCUCGCAAUGUGGGACACUCCAACACCCCCAAAAAUCCUUCACUUUGGUGCACAUUCGAACUUGUUUCAGCUCGAGUCGUGCGCCAUGUCUUGGCCCAGCAACAGGUAUCCGUCGCAUCCAAAGACCAUUGAUCUUUCGACCUGCACCGGCCUGACAUUUUUAUACAAAGAAUUCUCCCGGGAGGACGUCUUUGCUAUCCAAGUCCAUACUCGAACAUCCCCAGUUCAUCUGAAAAAGCGUCCGGACGGUCUUACGGCGGUGUACGUGCCGCUGCCACCUGGUGAGGAGAUUCUAUCAAUGUCUGUCUUGUGUGGUGAAUAUGGAGACGAAGGUAGUUUUAGUCUCAUGUUCGAGACCAAACUGGCUGGGGUUUUCCAUGUUGGAUAUCACCAGAGGCUCGCAUCUGAGUCGCACAGCAAGUCGCCAAAAGCGCUCAUUUAUUUCAAAGGGACAUCAAGCCAUCAGCCUGAAAUCUCUGUCUACCCCAUGGGCAAAGGGUCGCUACCUCAUACAUUCCGUUGGCCGGGCCAGAACGGGCAUUUGGGCUGCGCAGGCAUGUUAUAUUCAUGGGCCCCCUUGAAGAACAUGGCCCGCGUUGAUGUAUAUCACGACGAAGAUAAUCUCUUGGGGAUGCACCUUUACUAUGAGAAUGGAGCACAGAGGACGGUUGGAGAGUGUCGUGUUGGUUCUCAGCCAUACAGGAGCUGGUCGAAGCCCUCGGCUCUGUAUUGGAGGCUUUUGACCCGUACCCACCAAGUUCAGGUUGUGUUUGAUGACCGUCCGACAGGAGGAAAUUCGGAAAAGGAGUGGAAUCGGGCUGAUCUAGUUGGAGAGAUGCAUAUGUUAGCGUCUGGACAUCGCCAAUAUUUCGAGAACAGGUCAGGCCCAGGCAAACACCUUCUCUACUCCUCCACCCCGUGCCACCGCUUCUUCACCAUGGGCCAGGACUGGAAGCUGAUCAACAUCGACAAGAAGCGCCAGCUUCGCCACGUCGGCCAGCCCAAGCUUCUGGACAUCCUCAAGAGCACCUCGGGCGAACAGCUGGUUGGACUUCUGGCCAAUCCCUCGUGGCUGAGAUUCCAGAUUCCUGCCGAGAAAGCCAUCCCCGCAAAGAAGAGAAACCACGACUCACCUCUCGUCAAUCUCCCUCAAAACGUCAUCGACUCGAUUGUUGCCCUCCUCUAUGAAUGCCGACACGAUGCCGACCUCAUCUGCCUUUCCGUCACCUGCAGCUACUUCUUCCGACUCAUCUCCCACAUGAUUCAAGCAGCCAUCUCGGAGGACAUCGGACAGUGGGCUGGCGACCGACUCAUUCUCAUCGGCGAAAGGGCUGUCGGCUACCCUCCCGAGAUUGCGACCGUCUUGGAGAGGUUCCAGUGGGGCAGCGAUGGAACCAACCCGCUUUACGAAAUGGGCGAACAAGCCGUGGCCGAGGGUCACCACUCAACCUUGGCAUCCCUCGUCAAGGAACAGCCAUUCGAAGUAUGGGGCAGAGCACUCGAUAAUGUGCGCGAGCGACUGGACCAGAAGCAGGAGAUGUCGCUUCCGUUUAAGCGGUUAAUGAAACUCCUGAUGCACAACCCCCACUUCCCAAGCAGUCACCGACCAGCAGUGCUCCGCAACCUCACGACCAAGCAGUUCAUCAGCGACGAUGCCCUCGCCCGAUCCAACUUUUCCUACAGCCUGGGAGAGGUGCUGCUGUGCUACAUCACCUGGGGCGAGGAGGCCGCCCAAGACGAACGGGUGAGGCUGCCGAUGAAAGGGGAGUGGGCUGGUCAUCGGUUCGACAUCACUACGAGGGAGAAGGUUAGCGGAUGGGAUGAUGUGAGCCAGCAGGUCAUCAAGAGAAUGAUGAUGGCGACGAGAGAGGAGAGGAAGACUGGCAGACGGGUAGACGGGAAGGUUUGGGGAAUCUAG